AAGAGAAAAAGAACUGUCAGAUGGUCAAGUCACUUUUAUGUCAUGUUUUGGUAGUUUUAAUAUAUAUGUUUGUGUCAUUACAAUAACAAGUUUGUUAAUUAUAUAACCUAGGAAACCAGAUCUGAUUAUUUGGGGUACUGACUUCAUUUCCCCUCUAAAUUGUAGUGUCAUUUCCCAAAAAGUAGUUUUAUCGCUACAUUACCAAGCCUUUCAUUCAUAUGUAAUCUAAUGUACUUCCUGCAGUGUGGACCUCUGGGAAAUCAAUUGUUCAAAUACCUUAAAACAAAGCAUCUGAAAAACUGUGAAAUACUCCAUAGUAAUCUCUUUUGUCAUUUCCAGACACUUUUGUGAGCAAAGCUUGACCCUGGCAACAGUUGCUAAGGAAGUUACAAUUUAUAGCUUCAAGUCUGAAGGUCAACCUUCAGUAAAACCACCUUCUCAGCUCCAUGCAGUAAGGUCCUUCAGUUUUCCCAAUGCUUUUAUUUGUAGGGAUUCCUUUAAUUCAUAAUGGUGAAUGAUUUAAUCCUCAAGCCAUCCUCCAGACUUCACCUUGAAACAGUAAACCACCUCCAGUCUGCUGAAAAGAUUAUUUUCCCUCAGAAUCCCUAUUAUUGCUUUUCCUAAUCCUAGAAUGAUAGUAUCAGCCACUCUACAUUUUGAAUGUUGCCUUAAAUUCAACUAUGAUUCGGAAUCCAAAUCUCGAAAACUUUGUUUGCUGUGCAGUAUGUAAUAAAGUAAUACCACCACCACCUACUGAGGAAGCUUUUGAACGGAUCCAUGAAUACAAACCAUUUAAGACAAGGUUUUAUACUCAUAAGGAUAUACUAGAUAUUGGGAUUGAGAUUCAUCAAAAGGAAGAAAAAAUUAAUCAAGAUAAACUGGAAGAACUUCUUAAAGAGGCACAGGAUGAAGUGUGGGCAAAGGCUGAGGUCAUGACAGAGGAAGCAGUGAAAAAAGCCGUCAAGAAAGUCCAUGAUAAACACCUGGAGGAAAUAGAAACUUUAAAGGAAGAACACAAAAAUGAAUUGGAGGAAAGAGUGAAACUCACUAAGCAAGAGAUGAGAGAGAUCAUGGAAGAGGAAAUGAGGAGAGAAAACAGGGCUGCUGAACAGCGCAUGGUCCAUAGAAUCCAGAAGAUCCUGAAGGAGUGCCAUGAUGAAAAGCUCCAGGCAAUCGAAGAAGUCAGAGCUGAAGAACAACAAAUAGCUACUGAAUUACUGAAUAAGCAGAUGAGGAAGAAUGAGGAGAAAAUCCUGGAAGUUGGGAUUCUCUCUCACAAGACUCUUGAAAAAAGUAUAAAAGAAGUCACCGGAGCCACGAAAUACCAGAUGAGCAUCGCUUUUAACCUCAGCCAAAAAGAGAAGGAAGAAGAAGUUAACCAAGUGCUUAAGGAGACGGAGAAGUUUCAUAAGGCUGCCAUAAGGAAAGUUUACAAAAAGCUGACCCUCACUGAAGACAAGCUGCAGGAGAAGACUGAGCGUCUGGAGAACAUGACCCAAUGGAAGGACUUCCUGGAGGAGGAGCUACUGGAAACCCGUGAGGCUUUUCAGAAAUACAUCAAUUCUACAUUUCCUAUGCUUGCACCAGGGCAAGCAUAUUUUAUUCUACCACUAAGAAAGAAAUUACCCAUUGAUAUAGAAGAAUAUGCUGAAGACAAUGUUAGAUCGUUCCGGAGUUGAGAUCACUUGAAAAGCCAGUUGUUAUUCUGGUCACUAAAUAAAUUCAUUCAAUGAGUC